AUGAGAAGAAAAAUCAAACUUGCAUGGAUAAAAAAUGAGACAUCAAGGAAGCAAAGCUUCAAGAAGAGGAAGAAUGGGCUAGUGAAGAAGGUGCAGGAGUUGACGACCCUCUGCGGCGUCAGCGCCUUCAUCGUGAUUUACGGCCCCGGGGAGGACGUGCCGACGGUGUGGCCGUCGCCGGAGGAGGCCUGCCACCUCAUGAGGAGGUUCCGGACUGUCCCGCAAAUGGAGAGGUGCAAGAAGAUGGUGAACCAGGAGAGCUAUCUCCGCGAGCGGUCGACCAAGAUGAAGGAACAACUCCAGAAGCUUCUCCGGAAGAACAAGGAAAGGGUAACGUCCUACGUCAUGUUCGAGAUCGGAGAAGGGAAGCCGCUGAGCCAGUUCCACAUAAGCGAGCUCAACAGCGUGAUCUGGCUGCUGGAGGAGAAGAUGAAGGAGACCCGGAGGAGGCUCGAGUUUUUCCGGCAGCCUCACAACUACUAUCAUCGUGACCAGCCUGCGGUGGCGCCUGGUGGUGGUGACGACGACGACGAUGACGACGACGACGACGGUGGCGAUACCGCUUCUUUCAGCCUUCCUCCUCCCACGACGGAGGAAAUGACAGGCCUCCGGGAGUUCCCUUGGGAGUUGUUCUAUGGUAAACCCCUCCAGGGGGUGCAACCGCUGGAUCUGAAUGGCUAUAAUUUCCUUGCUGGCGGUUCUUUGUCGGCCUUUUCAUCUGGUGGUGGUGGUGGCAGCGGCAGCGGCGGCGGCGGUGGCGAAUCUAGUAGUGCUCUCCAAGCUUAUAAUGGGGACAUUUUUGGGCUUGGGUAUAAUAGCAAUGGUGGGAAUAUUGAGGUUAAUACUAAUGUGGGGUUUCAGUCAUAUAGGAACAACAAUAUUAGUACUAUUCCUGUGUUUGGAGAAGGGGUUAACAUUAAUCUUAACAAUGUGAGUGCUAAUAAUGUUGGGAAUGAAGUGGAUUUGGGAUCAUAUGUGUUUUUUGGGGCAGGAAAUAGCACUAACUAUGUUGAUACUAGUACUGUUGGUGGGAUGAGUGUGAAUGAUUUGGGUCUUGCUGCUCCACAGGUGAAUUUUGGGGGUCUGCCCAUCAAUGGGGAGAAUAAUCAACAUCAGAUGGUGAUUGGGAGUGCUCUAGAAAACCCUAACUAUGGGCAUAACAACAUUGGAUCUGGUGGUGAGAAUCUAGGGUUUGGGCUGCAACCUGGUCAAGGCAAUUAUGCUGGAGGGAAUAACUUUAUCAACAGCAAUAUGAUUAAUUACAAUAUUUUUCAUUUUGGUGCUGGAAAUGAUAUUUCAGGCCAUGGAUUUCUAGGACAGACCCAAGAGAACUAUCAAGCUGACAAUGGUAACAAUGGAGGCAACAUCAAUGGCUAUGGCUAUGCUGGAAUUGGUGAGAUUGGAGCACAGAUUUCUCCUGAGAUGCUAAUGUUUCAAAGCAAUGGCAAUGGGACUACUAAUGGCGGAAAUGCUGCGGCUGAACAGUCGUCGUCCGGUGAAUUCGGCAAGUAUUGGUCUGGAUUCUUCUAG